GUGCUCCGCCGGUUGGUACUCACGUGACCGGCAGCUUCUCGUUCUUUUUAUCUGUUUUCUUCAAUAACGAUUCAUAAUCUAUUGUGUCUUAUUUAUAAUCUCUUCACAUCUCAAAGAUUUGUACCGAACCUACAUAGCAAAAUCUUUCCCUAAACACAAUUCAUCUUUGUAUAAAGAAAAACAAAAAUGGUUAGGCAGACAGAGACCGUGUGUGUAACCGGCGCUUCGGGAUUCAUCGGUUCAUGGCUAGUGAUGCGAUUACUUGAACGUGGUUACUUUGUUCGUGCCACUGUUCGCGAUCCCGGGAAUUUGAAUAAAGUGCAACAUCUUCUUGAUUUGCCAAACGCCAAGACUCAACUCACUUUAUGGAAGGCUGAUUUAUCUGAGGAAGGAAGCUACGAUGACGCCAUAACCGGAUGUGACGGUGUUUUCCACGUGGCAACUCCCAUGGAUUUUGAAUCAAAAGAUCCUGAGAACGAAGUGAUAAAGCCUACAGUGAAUGGAAUGUUGGGGAUAAUGAAAGCAUGUGUUAAGGCAAAGACAGUAAGAAGAUUCGUUUUUACUUCGUCUGCUGGAACUGUUAAUGUAGAAGAACAUCAGAAGAGUGUCUACGAUGAAAACGAUUGGAGUGAUCUUGAGUUUAUCAUGUCCAAAAAGAUGACAGGAUGGAUGUAUUUCGUGUCGAAAACCUUAGCCGAGAAAGCAGCAUGGGAUUACGCCGAGGAAAAAGGAUUAGACUUCAUUAGUAUUAUUCCAACAUUGGUGGUCGGUCCAUUCAUAACAACAUCUAUGCCGCCUAGCCUCAUCACCGCGCUCUCUCCUAUCACUCGGAACGAGGCGCAUUACUCGAUCAUAAGACAAGGACAGUAUGUGCAUUUGGACGACUUAUGCAACUCGCAUAUCUUCUUAUACGAACAAGCAGCUGCCAAGGGACGUUAUAUUUGUUCCUCUCACGAUGCUACAAUUCUUACUAUCUCAAAAUUUCUCAGGCAAAAAUACCCCGAAUACAACGUGCCUUCAACAUUUGAAGGUGUGGAUGAGAAUCUAAAGAGCAUUGAGUUCAGUUCCAAGAAGCUGACUGACAUGGGGUUUAACUUCAAGUAUAGUCUCGAGGAAAUGUUUAUUGAGUCUAUUGAGACAUGUCGUCAAAAGGGUUUUCUCCCGGUUUCUCUACCGUACCAAUCCUUAUCGGAGGACAAAGGUCCGACUAAGGAUGAAAAUAUUGAGCUCAAAGCCGGAGAUGGUUUAACCGAUGGUAUGAUGCCAUGUAACAAGAUAGAACCGGGGCGAACCGGCGAGAGAACCGAUGCUCCCAUGCCAGCAGAACAGAUGUGUGCUUAGAAAAUUCAAACGUUAUAUUAUAUUGUCAUAUCGCUUUACUAUUGGAGGUGUGAUUUGAAUUUGUUUUAUAUUACUAAUCAUAGUUUAUCAUUUGCGAGUGAUAUGAACUGCUUUAUGUUUUAUAGUACGUGUGUGAGUGUAACGGUGUGAAGAACCUAUAUUCUUAUUUAAAGAGUGUUGUCUUUGAAUCGACUGACUUUACAAGUUAUAUUUGUUACAACAAACCUAAAGAUGAUUUGAUCGUUAUUGGAAUGGUCUUUGUAACAAAAUCCAUGUUAUUAA